UGAUCUUACGGGAAUGCAGCUGAGCGGUAACAAAGUCAGAAACUUGGAGUUCUUGAUGGCAGAUGCGGUGGAGAAGGGUGCGGACUGUGUCGUGACGAUAGGCAGCAUCCAAAGCAACCACUGUCGUGCAACUGCAGUGGCUGCAGUUGCAUGGCAUCUUAACGUUACCUUGGUCUUCACCUUCACGUGGAUGGUGCCUUGCAGUAGCAGACAAAGGUCUUUGUUUCCAAUGCUUCCAAAUUCCAAAGCUGCAUGAAAAUAUUUCCAAAGCUGCAGCUCUUUCUCAGAUUGUUUUAGACUUUCAGUCUCAUCAGAUUCACAGAAAUGGAAGUGGCAGUCAACACCAAGAACAGCUCCGAUACGGCAGCGAAGGCGGUGGCGAUGGACUUCCUGACGAAAAAGGCCUACACUCCUCCUCCGUGGGCAUCGCAUAUCGACUCCAUCCGUUUCCACACCUUCUCUCUCGGACAAGUAAAACCCAUUUCACUUCUUCCUCUUUGCCUCGUAUAUAUUUCUAUAUAUAUACGAUUACAGAUUGCUGUUUAUUUAUGUAAUUUUCCUGACUAGAAAUUGACAGUUGCUUAAUUAGUGUUUGUUAAUUGUUAUCAAUAAUCACUUGUCAGUUUCCAACUCCAAUUCAUAAAUGGGAUCUUCCCAAUUUGCCACCCAACACCGAGGUCUGGUUAAAGCCUUAAAGGUAUCUGCUUUUGGUUUUUCCUCAUUGGUAUUUGAUUUCCUACAGAAACUUCCCGUUUGGGUUUUUCCCGGUUGAAUAGACUUGAGUUGCUAAAAGUGUUUUCUGACACCCAAAAAACGCUUCUAACUAGGUUUGGCAUACAAACUUUAUUUUAAGAUCCUCCUAAUUAAAGAUGGAGAUUUCGAAUGCGAAUGAGUGAAUAGGCUGCCCUUUGUAAAUUUUAUUUAUAAAUUGAUUAUACCUAGCAUUAGCCUUUAGAUUAUGAAAUUUAUACAGUUAAGGGAUGGACAUAUUUCUCCUUGUACUACUUAUUUUUCUUCAAAUGCCAAUUAGUAUGCCGCAUUUGAAUAAAUUGACUAAAUUCCCUUUAAAUAAAUAGUUAUUUUUUGGUAAAAAAAACUUAUUAAUUGAUUUGCUUCUAAAACUGUCAUUUAGUCUUAUUUUACUCGAUAAAAUUAAUUUUGUCUCGCUUUGCUCUUUGAAAUUGUUAUUUUUGUCUUAUUUAGUCUCAAUUGACCAAUUUUCUUUUAUUUUAUCAAAUAAAAAUUAAAUUAAAAGGUAAUUAAGAAAUUUUAUUUUUAACACAAUUCUUUACCACCAACUUGCAUACUAAAGCAAUUCCAAUUUCAAUCUAAUUUAAAUCUCCGUGUGUCUAUCUUUCGGGUUGGUGUGUAGCUGUAGCUGCCACACUCUUUUUAAAAGUGAAAAUUUCAAAUAGUAAUAACAUUGGCGGGAGGUUUUUUUUGGAGCCAAAUUGAAAUAUUUCGUUAGUGGGUCGGGCCCACAAUUUCAAAAAUGAGUUAAUAUUUGCUGCAGUUCGCUGCCCGCCUGAUAUCAAAGCGAGGAGCCACAUUUUCCUUUCCAAAUAUUACCCAAGAAACCAAGAAAAAACGAAGAGCCGCUGUGGAUCCAUAUCUGAAAGGUGGAACUAGCAAUGGUACUUAAGAGCACUAUCCCGGGUUCAGUUGAAGCGGGCAAAAACGACCUUUGCAUCCCUAUACUUCAAAGUUACGAGAUCAAGAAUGUUCCCCUUAGAAAAACUCGUUCCCCUCAAGUUUUGGGAAUUGACAUCGGCCUCGGUGGAGAUGUUCAGUCGUGUAAGCGUUGUCGUCGUUCUGAAAGUAUAUCAAAUAUGCUAAUUUGUGAUCGCUGCGAAGAAGCGUUUCAUGUAAAAUGCUGCAAGCCCCGAGUGGUUUUUCCAGUUGACGACUGGUUUUGCGGUUCCUGUUCCAAAAUUUUGUCCGAAAAGUUGCAGAACGAUUCUUUCCUGAAAUCUCCUAGUAGCAUGGGUUUGAGGUUUGGCUUAACGUGUAAAUUUGAGCUGGGUCCAAUAGCAGUUAUGUUGAAGUACCCCGAGCCAUUUGCGUCUAAAGUUCGGAUUGGUGAAGCCUAUCAAGCAGAAGUUCCUGACUGGUGUGAUCAAAUUCCUAAGACUCCACUGUCUGAAGUUGAAACUGAUGACGGGGAUUGUUCUCUUGCUGUUGUUUUGGACCCAUCUCAUUCUGAUUGUGCUGAUCCUCCUCCUCUGAUGGGAUCAGAAAAUGGCAUUGCUUCUAGAAAGAGAAAACUAGAAAUGGUGGAAAGCCCCUAAAACUAGAAGUCAGUUUUUGACACACUACCCAUAUACCGAUCAGACGUUAAAGGAAGAAACUAGAAAGUUUAUGUAUCUGUAUGCGUACAUGCCUCCAAACUGCAAAGUCCAAAUUACGAAUACAAAGUGGUGGUAAGUAAUUUUAUGUGAGAUCACAGGUGAAAACCUUGUACUUUAGUUUUUAAGCCAUAGGAAUUAGAACAGCACAAUGUCUUUUAGUACUCUUAGUACUCUAAGUCAGCAAAUAGUAAUCAUUCCUCCCAUUUUUUAUUUCUCCUUUGAAAUUUGUUUCAAUUUUUGGUUGGUGGUAAUGCGUCACAGGGUUACAGAUGAGGCAAAAGUUUGUGUGUAUUCAAAGCUAUGAUAAUGUGAUAGAGAGAGAGAGAGAGAGAUAAUUAAGGAAUACACUUUUCGUUACACGAUAGAGUGCUAUGUGGAAAUUUUGCUCAUCUAUAAUUAUGAUAUUUGAAAAUUUGAUUGAUGGAUUGGUUUGGCACUACCUUUUG